GAAGAGUUAAGUAAAUAUUUCGUCAAGGGUGUGCUGGUCGCAUCCUCCCCUGUUGGAAUCUACCUUGUGUUUCAAGGAAUUUCUUUUUCAUUUCAAACUGUCAUAAUGGGAGGUUACGAUCUAGAAGCCGCUACCUUGAAACCCGCCGCCAAAUCGACGUCCUUGCUAAAAUGGCUCAUCAUCGGAACAAUUAUGGGUAUUGUUGGAAUUGGCGGCGUUCUUAUUGGCCUGGGAGUCUCGGGAAACCUCGGCAAAGGAAGUGAUGAGAACAACUUGAUCACAGGCGGACCCGCUCAGGCAGGAAUGUUCAAUGGGCAGAACCGACAGGGUAGCUUUGGACAGAACCAGAAUGGCUUCGGUAUGCUGGGGAAUGCUGUUGGCAUCCCUGACGAUACGCCAGACAAUGUUCCCGAUGUGGUUGAGAACGUUGUUGAAAAUAUCAACGAUGUCAGGAACGAUAUUGCAGACAACGUAGCCGACGUUGUUGACACUGCCUCUGACGCAGCUAAUAACGUCAUCGAUGCAGCUGCUGACAUUGUGGAUGAUGUUAACAACGAUGUGAAUGAUGUUGUUGACGACAUUCGCGAUGAUGUUGCAGAGAUUCGGGGUGAUGUGACUGAUACAGUUGAUGACAUGUUAGAUGAUGUCGACGAUGUGGCAGAUGGUGUCAACGAUGUAGCAGAUGAUGUCGACGAUGUGGCAGAUGAUGUCGACGAUGUGGCAGAUGAUGUGGACGAUGUGGCAGAUGAUGUGGCAGAUGAUGUCGACGAUGUGGCAGAUGAGGUCAAUGAUGUAACAGAUGAUGCCGACGAUGUGACUGACGUUGAUGAUGACGACAGUCGCGAAGAUGACGACAAUGUUUCCGAAGAUAUAGAUGAUGCCUUAGAAGAUAUUGCUGAGGCAAGGGAAGAUCUGGUCGACCAGGCGACGGAUGCGCUUGAGGACAGGUUGGACGGUAUCGAUGACCAAGCUGAUGAUGUAAGAGAUGACCUUGAAGACAGACUUGAAGCAUCACUGGAAGGUGCAGAAGCUGAUCUGGAGGAUGUCCUAGAAGAUAUCUUAGAUGACAACGAAUCGGAUGAUGAUCACAGCGACGACGACAGUUCUUUGGAGAAUAUAAGAGAUGCUUUAGAAGACAGAAUCGAGGAAUUGACUGAUAAUGAUGAUACAUAUGAAGGCCAAGAUGACGGAGUUGAUAAUGAUGACAGUGAUGACAGUUCUUUGGAGAAUAUAAGGGAUGGUUUAGAAGACAGAAUCGAGGACGUGGCAGGUGGUGAUAUAGGUGAUGAUGAUGAUGAUGACGAUGAUGGAUUUGAAAAGCAAGAUGGCAUUGAUAAUGAUGACAGUGAUGACAGUCCUUUGGAGAAUAUGGGGGAUGCUUUAGAAGACGGAAGCAAGGAUUUGACUGGUGAUGAUGAUGAUGAUGAUGACAGUACUUUAGAUAAUAUGAGGGAGGCUUUAGAAGACAGGAUCGAUGACGUGACUGAUGAUGAUGAUGAUAGUGAUGAUGGUGCAUUUGAAGAGCAAAAUGACGUUGAUAACGAUGACAGUCCUUUAGAUAAUAUGAGGGAGGCUUUCGAAGACAGGAUCGAUGACGUGACUGGUGAUGAUAAUGAUAAUAAUAAUGAUGAUGAUACAGUAGAAGGGCAAAUUGACACACCUGAUGAUCAAGAUGAUCUUUCUAACGAUGAUGAUGACACACCCUUGGACAAUAUGAGAGAGGCUUUGGAAGACAGAAUCGACACAAUCACUGACGACCGCACACCUGAUGAUCAAGAUGAUCUUUCUAACGAUAAUGAUGACACACCCUUGGACAAUAUGAGAGAGGCUUUGGAAGACAGAAUCGACACAAUCACUGACGAUCGCACACCUGAUGAUCAAGAUGAUCUUUCUAAUGAUAAUGAUGACACACCCUUGGACAAUAUGAGAGAGGCUUUGGAAGACAGAAUCGACACAAUCACUGACGACCGCACACCUGAUGAUCAAGAUGAUCUUUCUAACGAUGAUGAUGACACACCCUUGGACAAUAUGAGAGAGGCUUUGGAAGACAGAAUCGACACAAUCACUGACGACCGCACACCUGAUGAUCAAGAUGAUCUUUCUAACGAUAAUGAUGACACACCCUUGGACAAUAUGAGAGAGGCUUUGGAAGACAGAAUCGACACAAUCACUGACGACCGCACACCUGAUGAUCAAGAUGAUCUUUCUAACGAUGACGAUGACACACCCUUGGACAAUAUGAGAGAGGCUUUGGAAGACAGAAUCGACACAAUCACUGACGACCGCACACCUGAUGAUCAAGAUGAUCUUUCUAACGAUAAUGAUGACACACCCUUGGACAAUAUGAGAGAGGCUUUGGAAGACAGAAUCGACACAAUUACUGACGACCGCACACCUGAUGAUCAAGAUGAUCUUUCGAACGUUAACGAUGAUAAUGAUGACACACCCUUGGACAAUAUGAGAGAGGCUUUGGAAGACAGAAUCGACACAAUCACUGACGACCGCACACCUGAUGAUCAAGAUGAUCUUUCUAACGAUAACGAUGAUAAUGAUGACACACCCUUGGACAAUAUGAGAGAGGCUUUGGAAGACAGAAUCGACACAAUCACUGACGACCGCACACCUGAUGAUCAAGAUGACAUCUCUGAUGAUAUUGAUGACACACCCUUGGAUAAUAUGAGAGAAGCUGCGCUUGACAAAAUUGGAGACAUCAUCGAUAAUGCACCGCCAUAUGUUGUGGACUCAUCUGAAGAAGCUGACGAUGUUAUGGCUGAUUCAGUGGAAGACACGGUCGUUGAUGUUACAGAUGAACAAAAUGGUAUGAUUGAUACGAUGCAAGAUAUUGUUGGGGAUGUCAUGGAUGCAAGAAGUGAUGCAGUCGGCAACGUGGAUGACUCCUCGAUGGAUAUUGCUGAUAACUUUGCAGAUGCUGUUUAUAACGCGAGAGUGUCAAUUGACGAUGCCUUCAGUGACAGUGUUGAUGCAGCUGCUGACGUAAGAGACACUGCAGUAGAUGCCAUGUUGGAAAUGGACCCCACGAUAGGAACGAUAAACAACGGAGGGGACUCAAUGGACGGGUUAAUGAAUACCGAUGAAGAUGGAUUUGACGUUGUGGAUGAAUAAAACAAAUCUAGAUUAAUUUAUUUCCUACGCAUUGUGUGAUGUGAGUCUGUGUUUUCACAUGACGACAUUAUUUCAGAAUUAUAUCAUUGGUCCAUAUCCAUCGCUUGAGAACCGUCUCCGACAUGUUAAGUGGCUUUUCACGAGCAAUAAAAUCAAACCAUGUUUGUCAGCAAGCUGUUGGAUUCAUACCCAUUGUGCUUUCAGAGUGUUUCUACCAAAGGCGGCUGGUCCGUCACUAUGUAUAUAUCAAGCUCUGUUUGUAUACUUGGUGCUCUAGACUUUGUAUAUACCAGAUGACGUUGUUGCAAUGUUCUUGUAUGCUAUUAUCUCCAUUAGUGCUAAUCGUCGUGUGAUAAUCCAUAUAACAAUACAGUUUGUGGGAUUACAAUAUUGUUAAGUGAAUAAAUAAUUCUUUAUA